AUGUGUUACAUUGCCUCUUACCUGCUGACGUCCUCUAGGGCAAUGCCUCCCCCCAGUGCCAAGGACAUCAAGAAGAUUCUGGACAGCAUGGGCAUUGAGGCGGAUGACGACCUGCUUGACAAGGUCAUCUGUGAGUUGACCGGAAAAAGCAUUGAAGACAUCAUGGCCCAGGGUAUUGGCAAGUUGGCCAGUGUGACCGCUGGUGGGGCUGUGGCUAUCCGUGCCUCCCCAGGAUCUGCAGCUCCUGCUGCUGGUUCCAUCCCAGCUGCAGCAGAGGAGAAAAGGAUGAGAAGGAAGAGUUAGAGGAGUUGGACAAUGACACGG